GCGACCGUUUCACCGUGGAGAUGCUCCAGGCAGAGACUGCGUGCCCAGCUUGUUGCAACAUUGUGCCCGAGCAGAUGGGCCAGGACAUCUGGCAAGAGGUUGUCCCCGAUCGCGAGGGAAUACUGAACUGCGAAGACGUGGCACGCUGCCUCCGCCGACCGGAUCCAGCUUCGGAGCCCCAAGAGGCCGGGGCGCGCGGGGUGAGCGAGCGUUUCCGUGCCUGCUCCGCGACAACGUCGCACAACCUUGCUCAGAAGCAGGGGCUGGCGGACUUCCUGAAAGAUGCGGACAUCCGCUUGGUGCACACCCCGGGCUGCAGUGUUGUGCGAGCCGACUUCAUUCUGAAGCUGCACCGGGAAGGACAGCGUCUCCCGCGGCGCCAGGAAGCGGAGUCCGCCUACGUGGACUGCCGAACGGCACUUGUGACACACGAGGAGGUCCAAGUCUGGGCCGAUGGCAAGGCGCCUGACGGCACCCAGGUUUCCAAACUAGCCAAGGCUCUUACGGGAAAGGAGUGGCUUUUCAUAGACUACGUUUCUUUGCAUCAGUUCCAGCGACUCUCCCA